UCGCGUUGUCACGGAUACUUAUUGUUGCGUAUACUUCCCCUUCUACCUCGCUCGAUCGCUCUUCGGAAUUUAGUCGAUUCGCGAUCACCCAUCGCGAUAAAUUUUGGAGUAUUUUGAUUUUAACUAUUGAACGAACGGAGCCGCAGCUCCGUCGACUUUAACAUUGCGACCAAAUAUUCGCCGGUUUUCAUCGAAAAAGUUUUCGAUUUUAAAAUUACUAUUUCGAAAAGUUUUCAUCAUGGAAACGAACGAUCGAACAACGACUUCGUGAUUUUCGGCCUGCCCCUGUAUCGUGAAAACUGUGACUUGAUUGCCCAGUGCUGAGCAAGAAUGAUCAUUUUUGCCAAUAAAAAUGGAUCGUGCUAUCGAUAGUUUGGAAAAAUAAUAAGAGAAACGACGGUGUGGUUUUGUGCUUAAUGCUCACAGCAGCUAACGACGAGUGAUGUGGAUUAUCGAACGAAAGUACCAAAUGUUUAGCACCCCUUUCCUUGGGGAUUAACGAUAGAGGAAUUUUCGUGGAAUUGAGUAUAAGCAACGAGGUUUUUCUCGUUAACGUGUAUGCCAAGGGAAAUGUGAGGUUGUUGCUUCCCAAACGUGCUACGAGCUGAUCGGUUCUACGACGCCGGUCACGCGUGUUUAACUCUAUCAGCGCGCUUGUUUCCUUCCGAUUUGCGAUCGCCUCGCGCGCGAUCGCAAACAAUCGCUCCUAAAUUCGUUUCCACUCCCAAAUACUAUCCCCUCGAGUUGAAAUUUAGUUUGUUUACGUUUUCGAAUCUUCAGUGUGCUGACCCAGUGAAUACCGAAUAUUUAAAUCGCUCAGUGUUUUUCUUUUAUUCACGUGUGUUCGAUCCCAUCAGUUCUCAUUAAAAUAACCCCGCGAGAGGGAACAUAACGAGGAAAUAAGUGGGAGCUCGUGUUAUUUCUACGAUGAUAAAGUGAUGGUGAUAAACCAGUUGUUUUUAUCGUAAAACGUACAGUUUUUACGCAAAGUGUGAUCUCUUACCUGCCUCUCUGGAUAUUACCCAAAAUGCAGUCCUACAGGAUCGAGAUCCUUCUCGUCGUGGCGGCCCUUGCGACCGUCGUUCAAGCCCAACUGAGAGCGCCCCGGAUAACGGAGCAUCCGUCGGACAUAAUAGCGGCGAAGAACGAGCCCGUGACGUUGAAUUGCAAAGCGGAGGGUAAGCCGGAGCCAACGAUAGAAUGGUACAAGGACGACGAGCCGGUCCAAACGUCACCGGGUGACGCUAAAUCCCACCGAGUCCUAUUGCCAACUGGUUCGCUUUUCUUCCUGAGAGUAAUGCACGGCAAGAAGGAACACGACGGGGGAGUCUACUGGUGCGUAGCGAAGAACGCAGCGGGCAGCGUCAGCAGCAGGAACGCCACCCUCACCGUAGCAGUGUUGCGAGACGAGUUUCGGGCUCAGCCUCAGAACACGAGGGUCGCAGCCGGUGAGACAGCGCUUCUCGAGUGCGGUCCACCCCGCGGUCAUCCUGAGCCAACUCUUUCUUGGAAGAAAAACGGACACACUUUGGACAUCGAUGCUGUCAAGAGAAUUACACUCGUCGAUGGCGGAAAUCUCAUGAUAUCCGAUGUCAAACAAACUGACCAGGGAAGGUACCAAUGCGUCGCUUCCAAUGUCGUCGGUGAAAAGGAAUCUGCCAUCGCGACUCUCACCGUUCAUGUGAAACCGUAUUUCCUCGCAACGCCGAUGAAUCAAACGAUCCUGACCGAUCAAACCGCGGAAUUCGCUUGCCGCGUAGGGGGCGAUCCGCCACCGGAAAUUCUGUGGCGACGGAACGACGGAAAGAUGCCAAUCGGUAGGGGACACAUCACCGAUGACAAGAGUCUGCGUAUCGAGAGAGUUACGGCUCAGGAUGAGGGGACUUAUAUAUGUGACGCCGAAAACGGAGUCGGUGCGAUUUCCGCCAGUGCAACGCUCACCGUUCAGUCUCGUCCCGUUUUCACGAAUUUCCCGAAGGACGAGUCAGUGAACACGGGUUCGGACGUAUCGUUCGCUUGCUCGGCCAAAGGCGCGCCGAAACCAUCGAUAUUCUGGACUCGCGAGGGCUCCCAAGAGCUGAUGUUUCCCGGCAACGUCUAUCAGGGACGUUACACCGUCAACGACGACGGAAGUUUGCACAUAAAGGAAACUAUCAAGAAGGACGAAGGUCACUACGUGUGCAGCGCUAUCAGCCAAGCCGGAGCGAGUACAGCCACGAUUUAUCUACAGGUAACUCCGGUAGAAGAAGUUCCCCCACCGAUAAUCGAAUUGGGGCCAGCGAAUCAGACUCUGCCAGUGAAGAGUGCAGCGUAUUUGCCUUGCCGGGCAGUCGGCACCCCAACGCCGAAGGUGCAAUGGCACAAAGACGGAGUUCUCGUCCAGUUGGGAAGCAGAGUGACGAUGUUAGCGAACGGAACUCUCGUUGUAACGGAGAUACAAACUUCAGACGCGGGGCUUUACACGUGCAUAGCUUCAUCGGAAUCGGGCAACACCUCGUGGUCGGCGACCUUGAGCGUGAGCUCGACGACGACGCUGCAUAGGACACCGGACAUGCAAGCCCUGCCGCAGAACCCAACGAAACCGAGAAUCGUCAAUAUCACUAGCAAUUCCGUGACCCUCACCUGGAGCCCGGGUCACGAAGGCAAGAGCAAAAUAAUCGGCUACAACAUCGAGUACUUCAGCAGCAAUUUGAACACCGGGUGGGUCGUCGCUGCGACCGGCGUCACCGAUGACACUAUCACCAUAACCGAUCUCAAGCCCGAUACGAAAUACGUGUUUCUCGUCCGGGCUGAAAACAGUCACGGACUUUCGCUGCCCGGACCGCUGUCCGACAUCGCUCACACAACGACCGUCAAUCAAUUCUCUGUGCCACAGACCGAAUUGAUUCGAGCUCGAGACAGACUGAAUCGGGAAAUUUUGCACUUGCGCGAAGUUCAACCGAUCAGUAGCACAAGCGUUAAAAUAAUGUGGGAUAUUCUUGGAGCAGCAGAUUUGGUCGAAGGUCUUUACAUCCGGUACCGAGAAAUAUCGGAUAAACCGGAAUACCAAAUGGUCACGGUGCUGAACGCCGGUGCGACGAGUUACGUGUUGACGAAUCUCCGGAAAUUCACUCGUUACGAAUUUUUUCUCGUCCCCUUCUACAAAACGAUAGAAGGAAGACCGAGCAACGUAAAACUGGCGACGACACUCGAGGACGUUCCUUCCGGAUCACCCGAAAACGUUCACGUUGGCAUGAUCAAUUUGACCUCGGCCUUUGUACAGUGGGCUCCGCCACCUAAAAAUGAACAAAACGGACAGCUUGUCGGUUACAAGAUCCAGAUAAAGAGUAACAGCAGCAACAAAGUAUUGGGUCAGAUGUCACUGAACGCAUCGACGACAUCGGUGAUAAUAAACAGUUUGACGACCGGCGGUUUGUACACGGCUCGGGUGGCUGGGUUGACCCGAGCAGGUUUAGGUCCGUUCUCAUCGCCGACAAUAUUGAACAUGGACCCGGGCCAAUUGACUCAAUUGCCGCCGCGUACGGAUCCGAGUCACGGAGGUGCAUCGGUGAUAACGGAAACGUGGUUUUUGGUGUUGAUGAUAACGAUGGUGUUCACUCUGGUGGCUGGUCUCGUCGGUGCGCUUUACGUGAAGCGGCGUCAAGUGAUGCGCAAGCAGUUGGGCCACCUGAAUGUACCUGUUGGGACCGCGAACGACAUUUGUCAGUUGAACAAGGACACUUUGUGGCUGGAGCGAGGCUGGAGACCGACGAAUACGCUUCAGGGCUCGAACGACAAGGAUUGCGAGACGAAGUUGUUGAACAACCAGCAAAUGCUUGCCCCUGGAAUCGUCAGUAUGGCAGGUUCCGAGUACGCCGAGGUGAAUUUGACGACCUUCUACAACGCUAGGAAACAGCUGCAGGCGCCACCGGAGCCUUACGCGACGACGACCCUCUGCGUCGGUAACCGAAGUCCCGAUUCGAUGGAGACGAGUGGCCAGAAAUCCAACUCCAGUGAUUCCUGCCUGAAACCGGAUUACUCGAAUCUUGACUCAAAUCAGGAUCACAAUCAGUCAACGAUGUCCCCGAGUAGCGACAACGCCAGCAGCGUCUACACCGACGAAAACGGCGACGCUCAACAACAGCAGCAACAACAGCAGCAGCAGCAGCAGCAGCAGCAGCAACAACAGAGGAGGCCACAGUACAGAAUUCCAACGGGCGAAAACGCACAGCCCAACAUGCCGAACUGGUGCGACAUGCUCCCACCGCCACCGGAACAUCCACCGCCAGCUGGAACUUCGCUGUCGGCAAGGAUGCAGCAACAAGUAGCUGCCUUCAGUCCUCACCUGGGAAAACGCAGCAUCCCGAACGACCUCGACGCCGGUAAUUCCACGAACUCUCAGAGCCCACCGACCCCGCCGAUCAGGGUCGGAAACUCAUUCGCCUCUUCACCGACCCCGUGGAACGGAGUGCCUCCGCAGAUCGAACCGAAUCACGUGAACCAUCGCGAGCAAGGGGGACGCUACACGACUCUGCCGCCGCAAACGAACCCGCCUCCGGUUCCCUCUUUUCCUCAGGGCUUCAAUCACUACGAUUACAAGAACCAGGAAAACGAAUACGAGAGUGGCUCCGUCAUUUACGGACAUCAGAACGGUCUCGCCGAUGAUUAUCGACCCCACGACUCCGCCUACAAUCGGACCAACCAUCCCAACUCCCACCUCGAUCACGGCACGCUCAACGACGAGGUUUAUCGUCACAACGAAGAAAUGUUCCGGAGCGAUAAUAUCUACCAGCCGGAAAACGACGAGUGGGACCGGAAGUCGUGCGAUUCCAACACCCACUCAGAGCUGUGCUGUUCCUGCUCCGAAUCGAGCUGCCUCUACGCCGACACGAUGGAAUACAACAACCAAUUCGGACCGAGCUGCGCUCACAAUCGUGGCAGUGCUUCUAGAAAUCGCAACAAUCGCAGCCCCCGGAGAAGAAACAAUCGGACUUCUUCACCCACCUACAGCAGCGAUAGCAACUACUCUUGCAUUCCUCAGAGACAGUGCGGACCAGCCAAUUCACAGGAAAGGCUCAGGCACAAUCGUAGCAAAGACAAAGUGCCUAGUUUUCCGAGAUCCGGUGGGUACGGCCAGCACAAUUCGUCAGCUUCGAACACGAUGAGCAGCUCGGGGAGCCAGAGAUACAACAAGCUGAACAGUCUGUUCAUGAAUGCGAGCAACAAUCCGAACGGGACGAGUGAAACGAGUCGAUUGAGCGACCACCGAGACAGUUAAGUGCCACUCUGACGAAGAGAGAGGCCGAGAGAGAGAGAGAGAGAGAGAGAGAGAAGAGGAGAGCGAAAAGGAUUGCGAAAGCGUGUCAUCGUAGGGAGUGAGUAAAGAGGAAUAAAAAAGGCGACCCCGAGUCGAGAGUCAAGUCCGAAAAGCUCAAGUGCAUUGAAAGCCAGAAGCAGGAGCUUUCGAAGGAAUGCAUCGCGUUUCGUUGCGAUCGGGAGUUAUUUCUCCCCAAAUAAUCGAAUCGCGGAAUUUUAUUCUCCGGGCUUUUCGAAUCGACGAUGACGAGUGUAGUAAAAUUCGAAUCGACCAGUUGCGAACCUCAUCCACGUAUGAUCGUGGAAUAUUCGCCGAAAACUUCGUAGGCGCCGUCGCCAGCGAGUCCGAAGAGCCUCGAACGCGGCGAGAACGCCCGUGUCGUUCCGCACGAGCGAACAAUCGACCGAGCGAAAACACAAAAACAGACAAAAUAACUAUCGAAAAUACACGAUGAUCGCAUUUAUUUUUACGCCCCGGUUCGUUCACUCUCCGCAUCGUCACGCGAUAAAUAACGAACCUUAUUUUCGAUAUAACGUUCCUAACUGUUAACCGGAGAAAAUUCAAUUCAAACACACAAACACACUCACACGAGAUAAAAAAAAUAAUAAUAAUAAGAAAGAAAAAAAAAAAGACGAAAAAUCGUAUGGUCGCCAACUAUCGCGAUUAUAAUCGACGUAUAUAUUUCUUCCAGAAAACAAAUAUACUUACUAAAUAAAUAAUGUUAACGAUUUACGAAUGCGAUAAUUAAGAAUAGCACAGUAAGCUGUAUAAUCAUAUCAAGUGGUUUUUGUAUACAUUGUACAAAGUUUAUAAACAAGUUUAGUCACUAGUUUUUAAUUUACGUAUCAUUAAUUAUUAACAUCUAUAUAAACAUACGAAUCACUGUAUGUCUAUAUAAAUAAAUAUAUAAAUAUCUAUUUUAGUUUACACAAACGAGUGUACCGGAAGUCGUAUAGGGAAAUAUAUUUCGUUUCCCAAUGCCGUGACAAAUAAAGUGAGAAUGUGAAUGUGACAGGCGAUAUUUGAAGUGUUGGGAGCACGACGAUCGAGGCUUUCAAAGUUUCGAAAACGAAUCUCCGAUGGGUGUGUUGGCCUUUCUACGAAGCAGCUUGAAUCUCGAUGCGAAGUCGAAAAAAUGUUUAGUUUUUGGUACGAAAACGUAAGGAGGGUUAAAUUCGAAGAAUGCCAGUCGAAAAUUGCUGAGUAAUCGAACGAUAUUUGUGGAAAAUAUCGUUCUUUUUUCGGGAACGAAACUUAUUGGGUUGUUCAAACUGAGUUUAGAAAUGUUCUUUCGGGAUGGAGGGUUCUCGGGAAUCAUGAGAGAAAAAAAAAAAAAAAAAAAAGAGUUCGAUCCAAUCUCAUGUAUGAAGGUCGAGGAACAAAAAUACUUGACACAAGAUCGCACUGUCUGGCACGAACAAAGUUCCCUUUAAUCUCUCAUCUGUAGAUAUCUCCCUUGUGAAUACAGAGUGAUUAAAUAAAUAUAUUAACGAAUAAUGUAGAAGAGCGAAACGUGUAAUGUGAGAGAGGAAUGAAUGGUUUAUAAUAAUGUAAAAUCUUCUGGUGCAUAUGGAAAAGAGAGAAAGAGCGAAGUAUAUAAAUAUAUGUUUCUUAAAUAAGAAACUAUCGUAGUUAAUCCCGCCCUGACAAGCCAUAUAAUCGCUCAAAUUCAAUGUAAUUAUUUAAAUAAUAAAAUAGAUGACGAACUCAACUGCCUGAAAGAGGUGAAUCUCACUGCUAAACGGAAAUGACAUUCUUCUCGUUGCUUCGAAAAAAAAGAGAAUGAUCCAUUGAUUGUGUUCAAAUAGGUGAAAAAAAUACGUUUUUUUUUGUGGUAAGAAUGGAAAAACUGUAGUUAGAAAACUGCUGAUGAAUUUGGGAGAAUGAUGAAAAAGAAUUGACUUUUUUUCCUCGAAGUGAUGGGAAUUUUCCGCUUUUAGAGCAUCGUGUGUCUCGAGUAUUAAAAUAUAACGUGAUCAAGGACCGCAUUUAUGGCACAAUUCUUUGUCAAAAUCACUGCCAACCGUUUCUUAGAAAAUCGAAUACGAAGCUCAUUUUUUCAGUGAUUGCAAUCGAGUAGAGGUCAUGAGAUUUGAAAAUAUUUUCAAAGAAGAUUUUCCUCCUGAAAAAUUAUUCAAUAAAACUACUCUCGUUCGAAUACUGCGAGAGGAAAAAAAACUUUACGAAACACGUACACAGCUGCGAAACCUAUUAGACACGAGAAACGUAAUGGGUAUUUUAACUGUACCAAUAACCAGAAUAUAAUAUCGUUUAAAAUCCAUCCAGCAAAACUAGCACAUGUAAACGUUCCACACAGAAAAAAGGUUUUCACGAGUUUUCAAAUAUCAACGAAAAAAUCAUGACCACCUCUUAAAUUCGCAUUUUUUUCAUCUCUUUUGUUUUUUGCUCGAAUAAAAAUGAUGAGCCAACCCUCGAGAAUAAGAAGUGCGUACCGAAUGUUCUUGAUAUAACAAAAAACUUCGAAUCAGUCGAACACCAAAGACUACGGUGACUUUUAUUUUCAAAUGGAAAUUUCAAAUGAUGUAAUUAUAGAGAUAAAAAUAAUGCGAAUAUGCAUAGAAGUUGGUAGAAACUCAUUUUUUCGAUGAUCUGUGAAUUGUAAUAACUUUUUAGUCAAAACUCAUCGAACACCGAAAAACCACAGUCUCACCGAAAAGAGUGAACGAUCGCCAUCUUGGCAGGCUCGAACGGGAAACGGGAAUUCUUACGGAACGCUUACCAGAGCGCUAGCGCCCUCUCGAAUGGAGAUCAACGCAUAAUGUAUUAUUAUUAUCAUUAUUAUUUCCCUGUAGAGUCGUUGGGUCGUUGAUGCGAUCGUGCGUUUAGUUUUGUAUAAUAAUGACCAUUAUUCUUAUUAUUAUUGUUUUUUUUAUAUUAUAAUUAUUUUACAAGCGUUAUACGUUAAGUAUGAUGACAAGUGAAUCGAUCCGUGAAUUUGACGCCGUUACGAAAACUUGUGGUAAUAGUCUGGAAUGAAUAUAAUAAUAAAAAAUAGCUCCAGCGUACGAAAAAACACAAACAGAUCAUAACACGAAACAAGAAGCCGAAGUACAGAAAAAAGCACGUAUGAGAAUAAUAGAAAUUCCCAUUAAAACACCGCGAGUGUGUUAGGAAUUCUACAAAUUGAGCUUGGCUCUUCAGAACUUUCGAUGUUAAUACGAGUACACACGUUGUUGAGAUUACUAAUUUUAGAAGGGUAUAUCAUAAUCCGUACUUGUAGUGUCAAUCCCGCCCGAAUCAUAUGCCACGACAGCGUUGUUUUUCAGUUGACGUGCCUUGAAUUUCGAACAUGAAUCAGCCGAGCCGCAGUGUUUUCAGUGACGAAGAAAACAAAAUAAAACAUCGAUGACCUCCCUAAUUUAAUAAAUCUAAGACCGAGGAGUGAUAAACUAAGAAAAAAAGGUUUGAUUUCAAGGCACAUUUGUCUUUAGUAUGCGAAUAAUAAGCGGGGAAAAUGUGAAUCAGAGACUGUGCAGUGAGAGAGAAAAAGAGAGAGAAAGCCUAGAGCCAUGUAAAAGUAAUCCAUAUCACUGUAAAAGGAUUCGAGGCGUAAUUUUUUUAGGUUAACUUUGUAAAGAUGAUGAAAAGAGAAAAGACGAGAGAUUGAAAAAAAAUCGAAUUUAUAUGUGAGAUGAAGAGGAAGUUGUAUUUACUUACGUCACAUGAAUACAGCUCGCAAGCGUAAUCAAAGGCUGAUGAGUGUUAUUAUUUAAUGCGAUCUUUUUUUCCUCCGCCCCCUCCCACCCUUGCCCAUGAAACUGUAAAUAUUGCGGGAGAAUCGCGAGAGGAAACGUAAAUGUUUUAUAUAGGUAAUAAUUUAUUUAUUAUUGAGAGAGACUGGUACGUAAAGCGUGUCAAGAUUCGUGUGAUGGGCGGAAAGAUUGCUAACGAAAAAAAAAAGAGGAAAGAACGAUUUACGAAGUUGAAAAUAAGUAAAUGUUUCUGUGGUUAUAACGGAAGCGCCGACGUCAAUGGUAAUAUUACCAUAAAGGAAAUGAUAUACAAAAACAUACACGAAACUGAUAUAUAUAUAGAUAUAUAUACGAACAACACAUCGACACUGGCCAACACACAUGACUGUAGAUAAUUUAUAACAAUCGCUAAUGUCGAGUACUGCGUGCGUAUGGGUGUGCAUGCGUAUGUGUGUGGGUGUGUGCGUGCGUAUACAUAAAUACCUGGAUAUUUAUACGCACACGCGCAUACACAUGUAUGCAUUGAGAUAUAUAUAAAUAUAUAUAUAUAUAUAUAUCAUGGCAUAUUACACUGAUAACGAUUAAUAAAAGUAAUGUUAAAAAUUUCAA